GGGGUAAACGGGGAUUUAAUAAAGGGAAGAAGGCUAGAGGGAGAACGGGCCAUCGACUGACAAUACCUAACAUCAAUGAUGGACAAAAACUAAGGCAAGACAUGGACUGAAAUAGACAAGACAGAGCAAAAAUAAUCAGACUUAGCUGGGCUAGAUCAGGGAAUCUGGGAUCCCACGCACCGCGUCACUGAUUUGACUGCAGUAUUUAAAGGGUGGUGUAAGGCGAACGCUGCACGUUAAUCCUCUUGUGUUAGACGCUCGGAGGUGAAGACAACGGAGGUUUAAUGUGUCCACAUUGUUGCUUUUCUGUAACAGAGAAAUAAGACUGAAGGUUUCAGGCCAAAGACCAAUGACGACGACAGCUUGUACAUCUCCGCUGGGAAAAUGUUUAGAUACAUGAAUAAAUUCAGGAAGUUAUUAUUGAUUGGAAUAUUUAUUUUCCCCAUAGGAUAUUUCUUCUACAUUAAAUUGGAAUUAAGUCUAGACUACAAUUUUCUAGAGCUCACUGAUAAGAGCAUUGAAAAACUGUGCAACUGUACAAAGAUCCUGAAGAAAGAUCGGGAGGAAAUUGGGAAUGCAAAGUUGAAUUUGAUAACCAAAAGCUUUCGAAACAAAAGCACGAUUACAGAUAAGCAUUACAUUGAAUGGACUAAAGACUGUGAGAAAUUCCGAGUAAUGAGGAAGUAUUUGACUUUUCCCUUGAGUCGUGAGGAGGAGAUGUUUCCCAUUGCAUACUCCAUAGUAAUUCACCAGAAGAUCCACAGUUUUGAAAGGAUGCUCAGGUCUAUUUACAGCCCGCAGAAUUUUUAUUGCGUCCACGUUGACCAAAAGUCUGCGCCAUCAUUUCAGACUGCUGUGAAAGGCAUUGCUGCCUGCUUUGACAAUGUCAUCGUUUCCAGUAAACAGGAGAGAGUUGUGUAUGCUAGCUGGAGCAGGGUCCAGGCUGACAUCAACUGUAUGGGGGACCUCUAUAACUUGAGUUCCAAAUGGAAAUACUUUAUAAACCUCUGUGGUCAGGACUUUCCCAUAAAGACCAACCUGGAAAUAGUGCGGAAAUUGAAAGUUUUGAAUGGCAAGAAUACUCUUGAGACUGAACGAAUGCCAGCAGGCAAGAAAGUCAGAUGGGAAAAAAUAUACAAGAUUGUCAAUGGUAACAUACAGAGAACAAAAGAAAACAAACAGGCACCUCCAGUUAAUACCCCUAUAUUUGCAGGGGGUGCUUACAUCGUGGUUUGCCGGGAUUUUGUGCGAUACGUUCUUGAGGAUCCUGCAGCACAUCGGUUGAUCGAAUGGUCAAAAGACACCUACAGCCCCGAUGAGCAUCUGUGGGCUACGUUACAGAGGCAGCCUGGAGCUCCUGGAUCCGUCCCCAUCAGUAGCAGAUAUGAUGUCACUGACGUGAAUUCAAUUUCAAGGCUGGUGAAAUGGCUGUAUUUUGAAGGACAAGAAUCAAAGGGAGCCAUGUACCCUCCCUGCGAGGGGCAUCACGUCCGGACUGUGUGUGUUUAUGGUGUCGGGGACCUCAAGUGGAUUUUGCAGCAGCCCCAUCUGUUUGCCAAUAAGUUUGACUCAGACGCAGACUAUUUUGUCCUGUACUGCUUAGAGCGUUACUUGCGCCAUAAGGCCCUGGCGGAGAUGGAAUGAGAGAUUUUGUCUCUUCAAGGUAACUCCCAAUACAUGUGUAACAUUCAGCUAGCCCAUGUUGCCAAGUGAAGAAGAUAAUACUGAAAUUAUAAAUGGAAAUGACCAAAGUAUUUGCACUUGAAAUGUAUUCCGAAUAAAGACAUAAUCAAACAUUC